AUGUCCUCAAAAGUAGAAGUAUCAGAAAUGAUGGGAUGGCCUGUGAACCUCAUCACGGCCGACCAUGUGUCCCCACUCCAUGAAGCCUGUCUUAGAGGUCAUCCAUCUUGUGCAAACACUUUAUUAAAGCAUGGAGCUCAGGUGAAUGGCGUCACUGCAGACUGGCACACACCCUUGUUUAAUGCAUGUGUCAGCGGCAGCCAGGACUGCGUGAAUUUGCUUCUGCAGUAUGGAGCCAGCACCCACCCUGAGAGUGAUCUGGCAUCCCCCAUCCACGAAGCUGCUAAGAGAGGCCAUGUAGAGUGCAUCGAGUCCCUUGUAGCUUUUGGAGGCAACAUUGACCAUGACAUCAGCCACCUGGGCACUCCGCUCUAUUUGGCCUGUGAAAAUCAGCAGAUAGCCUGUGCCAAGAAGCUUCUGGAGUCAGGAGCAAGUGUGAACCAGGGCAGAGGUCUGGAUUCCCCUCUUCACGCAGUGGCCAGGGCAUCCAGUGGAGAGCUGGCUCGCCUGCUCAUGGACUUUGGAGCAGACACCCAGGCCAAGAAUGCUGAAGGCAAACGUCCUGUGGAGCUGGUGCCUCCAGAGAGCUCUCUGACCCAGCUCUUCUUGCAGACAGAAGGUCCCCCUCCUUUGCUGCAGUUAUGCCGCCUCCGAAUUCGGAAGUGCUUUGGGAUCCAGCAGCAUCAUAAGAUAAGUGGGCUCAUCCUCCCGGAGGAUCUGAAGCGCUUUCUCCUACAUCUUUAAAUACGUCAAGGGAAUACGGCUUCACAGACAUCAGAAAAACCAUCAUGGAGUGUUGUGGCCACUGGAAGUUUGAAAUAAAGUCGGGUUUAUAGA